ACUAUUAAGAUCGGAGGAACCACCAAAUAAUGAUCAAGAAACAUCGUAUCCAUUCUCGCAUUGCCGUACUUAAUUUGCUGAAAUUGAAAGGAAAAAAAAUAAAAUCAAAGCACAAUUGUAGGAAAAUGGCUACCACGCAAUCCUUCGAAGAUUUGGAAGCGAAAUAUGAAACAAAGGAAACUUCUGAAUCAGUCAUCUUAGUUGUUCACAUUCCUGAUGGUUUUGUACGAGAGCAUAUUGGAGCAAAAAUUGAGUACGAGUUUUCAAGGGUGAGAAUUCAUGGCGAACGAUCACUUGGAAACAAUAAAAGGGCACGUUUCAAUGCAUUAUAUCAAUUUCCAGAGUAUUGUGACAUUAACAAAAUUAAGGGAAAGUUUGAUGGAAAAACUGUCAUCAUUACAAUACCAACAAUUCCAGGGAAAGUCCCUAAGCUAGAAACACAACCAACUGAACAAGAACCACCCAAAGAACCAUCAGAAGAAGAAGAAUCAAAUCCAGAGGAAGAAAAAGAAGGUACUCCUACAGAUGAUAAUCAAGAUAGUAAAGAAGAAGCUAAUCAUGUGACUUCGACUCCACCAAAUGCCACACAAGAGUCCAUGCAUCAAAAGGAUCAAGAGGGAAUUCCCCAAAAAGCUACACUUACCAAAGUUGAAAGUGAAAAACAUGUUGGUCAAGAGGCUUCAACUUCAACCCCACCAAAAGACACACAAGAGUCUAAGGGUCAAGAAGGAAUUCCCACAAAAGAUACUAUUACAAAAGUUGAUAGUAAAAAACAAGUUGCUCAUGAGGCUUCUUCAACCUCAUCACAGGACACACCAGAGUCUAAGGCUCAAAAGGGUCAAGAAGAAAUUUGCACAAAAGAUACUAUAACAAAAGUUGAUAGUAAAAUACAAGUAGGUCAUGAGGGUUCAACUUCAACACCAUCACAAGACACAGAAGAAUCUAUGCCUCAAAAGGGUCAAGAAGUAAUUCCCCCAAAUGCUACACUAGCAAAAAAUGGCAAGCUUCAAGGAGAGGAAAAUUCUGAAGGAGAAAUUGACGAAAAUGUGGAAAAGCAAAAGCUUGUUGAAAAGGAAGAAACUGAAGACCAUUCCAAGAAGACUUGGGAAUCAGGAAAGCCACCUGAAAAGGCUAUGGUGGAUGAUUCCCCUAACAAGGAAGGGAAGGAAGAAAGCAAAGGUUUGGGCCCAUCUGAAGGAGAGAAGAGAAGGGAAAUAAAUGGUAAAAUUGGCAAUAAUGUUGGAAAAAAGAGUGAUAAGAAGGCCAUUCCUGAAUCAACAACAAGGGCAAGAAUUAAGGAAGUGGCUGCUUCUGCUUCUCAAGCUAUAACUAGUCUAGCUAAGAAAUUCAAUGAAGAAGAUAAACAAAGGAUAGUAUACAUGGGUGCAGCAGUUCUUGUGGUGGCACUUGGAGUUUAUGGUACCUACAAGCUUCGUUCACGUAGACCAUAGGCAAUUAAUGGCAUCACAUCUAUUUCCUUUCACAUGGUUUUUUUAUUACUAAAGAGUUUCCUUUCAAUAAAUAAGGACUUGCAAAAAUAUUGUAGAAGAAGCAUAUUUGCUUCAGAAGUUAUUUGUUCAGGGCUCUUUGUGUAUGCAAUUAUGCUUUAAAAUAACAUUUGUGGUACUUGCAUAAU